CCUGGGCCCUGGGCCAUCUCGCUGCCGAGCGCCCCAACCCCGUCUUUCUCCUCGCGCGAGCGCCGCCACCCCUCCCUCCCCAUCCCGCUGCCGAGCGCCCCAGCCCCCUCCCUCCGUCGCUCGUGUCCUCUCCAAUCACUUGGAGACAUGGGGGAAGUGGAGAAUAAGCUCGAGGACUAUGAGGUCAAGAAGGAAGGCGAGGCUGAGAUCCUCAUGCUCAAGAGCAACGCCGUGUUUUUCAAUCCCGUUCAGGUGCACAACAGAGACAUGUCAAUUGCUGUUUUAAGGACCUUUGUUUCCAAGCGCAAGGAAGAGCAUGAGGCACAGAUGAACAAAAGGAAUAAGUCACAGAAAAAAGGAAAUCAUAGUGAAACAUCCGUUGUAAAUGAAGAAGCUGUUUUAACUAGCCAGCAUGAUGAAAUGGAUGUUGUUCUUGAAAAGGAGCCAAAUCAGGCCACGGAUGAAAUAGAGGGUCCGUCAAAAGAAGCAACAAAGACACCUUCCUGGAAAGUAACCAGAGAGCUUAAGGCACCAAUUGUUCUUGAGGCUUUGGCUGCUUCUGGGUUGAGGUCUCUCCGUUAUGCUCGUGAAGUAGAUGGAUUAGGAAAGGUAGUUGCUCUCGACAAUGAUAAAGCUUCUGUUGAAGCUUGCAAGAGGAACAUAAAGUUUAACGGGGCUUCUGCUGUUAGUAAGGUGGAAGCUCACUUGGCUGAUGCUCGAGUUUACAUGCUCACCCAUCCAAAAGAAUUUGAUGUGGUUGAUCUUGACCCCUAUGGGUCACCAUCUGUGUUCCUCGACUCAGCUGUACAAGCCGUUGCUGAUGGUGGGUUAUUGAUGUGCACAGCCACUGAUUUGGCAGUUCUGUGUGGAACCAAUGGAGAAGUUUGCUACUCCAAGUAUGGCUCCUAUCCAGUCAAAGGCAAGUAUUGCCACGAAAUGGCUUUGAGAAUCCUCCUUGCCAGUAUUGAGAGCCAUGCAAAUCGGUACAAGAGAUAUAUUGUGCCUGUUCUCUCUGUGUUUAUGGAUUUCUAUGUCCGUGUUUUUGUUCGAGUAUUCACGUCUGCAAGUGAAAUAAAGAAUACUCCCCUCAAACUUUCUUAUGUAUAUCAAUGUGCUGGUUGUGAUUCUUUCCAUCUUCAGUGCCUUGGGAGAACGGUUACUAAGAAUAACAGCGUAAAGUAUGCGCCUGGUAUUGGUCCUGUUGUUCCUCAAGAGUGCAGCGACUGUGGAAAGAAAUUUAAUGUGGGUGGACCAAUAUGGUCAGCUCCUAUUCAUGAUCAAGAUUGGGUACUUUCUACACUGACAGAUGUUAGGUCAAUGAAGGACAGAUAUCCUGCAUACAACAAAAUUACUUCAGUUCUAACUACUGUGUCGGAGGAAUUGCAUGACAUUCCAUUGUUUUUUAGUCUCCAUAACAUAUCUGGUACUGUUAAGUGCACAUCUCCGUCUUCAGUUAUGUUCCGGUCUGCAGUUAUAAAUGCUGGAUAUCAGAUUUCAAGCAGCCACGUUAAUCCGCUUGGGCUCAAAUCGGAUGCCCCUUGGGAUGUUAUUUGGGACAUCAUGCGCUGCUGGGUGAAAAAUCAUCCUAUCAAGGAACAACCACGUGACUCUCCAGGCACGGCAAUACUUUCAAAAUCGCCAAAACUAGAAGCAAGUUUCUCUCGAGCAGUUGCUGCCCUCAGCAAGGCUCAGGCAAAGAAGGUCAAGCGGUUUCUUCCAAACCCAGAAAGUCAUUGGGGUCCGAAGGUCAGGGCAGGUAGGAAGAUUACUAGUAAGCACAUCUCUCUGCUAGGGGCAGAAGCUAUCAACGGAGCUAUCAGCCACGAAGAUGGAAAUGGAGUCUUGACAGAAAAACCUGCUUCACAUAUUGGAGAGACUGUUACAGAUGAAGAGAGGGAACCUUCAACCAAACGCCAAAAAACUGGAGAUGGCGAACUGGCCGGUGAACCUUGAUUGGCAUGGUCUCGUUAAACUUUUGUUUGUUAAUCUUUAUAUCGCUCUCAUUGUUUGAUGGUUGUGAGCUGACUGAUCAUUGUCACCUCUUGGUGAACUGUUUUUGGCAACGAAUUUUGAUCGGGACAAUUUCACUUGAGAUUGUUAUAUGUAUUUGUGUCCAUAGUGUUUAAUUAGUUGUGACAGAUACAGCAAUUAUACAAGAGAAGGGACAAUGGGAUAUGCUUAUCUCUAUCCCGACUGCGUCCAGUUGUUGUUGCUGUAUCAUGUCAAAAGGCAAAGUGAUGGAGUUUUUUCUGA